GUCUCCGGGUAAGGACUCGGCGGCUGGGAACUUCUCAUCCGCUCCGCACAUGGCAGGUGUUUCAGAGGCUUGGUGAAAGCUUGGGGAGGCCACGUUUAAAAAAAAAAAAAAGUUACUUUAAACAGUCUUCGAGACUCCGCAGAAAGAACCCCCAGGCAAAGACCGUGGCGACCUCAGAUUUAUAGAAAAUGCACAGAUACGGCAUGGUUGUUCCUGUUCUUUCUCUUCUGGACUGGUUUGGCUCAGUAAAUUGGAGAGGCUGGCUUAUUACCAUGGGCCACUUUCUAACCCAGACGCCAUUAGGAAAUGAGAACCACCGUCUGCAGUGGGAUUGUUAUUCAGUAGGCCUCUUAGUACCAGCCCACUGAGGAGCAAGUUCUUUUACCAUCUGGUCUCAGUCCCCCGAAUAAAAUGUUCCUCUCACGGAGGGAUAUCCAGGUGUUCAUCAUGGGCUACUCAGUGGCGGCUGGCGCCACAGGAAGACUCCUCUUCGGCUACGACAGCUUUGGGAAUGUGUGUGGCAAGAAGAACUCCCCAGUAGAAGGGGCUCCUCUUUCAGGGCAGGAUAUGACUCAAAAAAAACACGUGUUUUUUAUGAAUUCCUGCAACCUGGAAGUCAGGGAUGUGAGGCUCGGUUCCACCGUUCUCUGUGUGUCCAGCUGUCCUGAAGAGCAGCUUGAUACCCUGGAAGAGGUCCAGCUCUUUGCAAACACCAGUGGGUCCUUCCUGUGUGUUUAUAAUUUGAAUUCCUUCAACUACACCCAGAUUCCAAAUGCAGACUUGCUGUGCCCCAGGCUACCAGUUCCUCCAAGCAAGUCUUUUCCCUUGUUUAAUCGAUGCAUCCCUCAAACUCCUGAGUGCUAUUCUCUGUUUGCAUCUGUUCUGAUCAAUGAUGUGGACUCCCUCCAUCGAAUUCUAAGUGGAAUAAUGUCAGGAAGAGACACAGUCCUCGGCCUCUGUAUCCUCGCCUUUGCCUUGUCUUUGGCUAUGAUGUUCACCUUCCGCUUCAUCACCACCCUUCUGGUUCACAUUUUCAUUGCACUGAUUGUUUUGGGAUUGUUGUUUGUCUGCGGUGUCUUAUGGUGGCUGUACUAUGACUAUACCAAUGACCUCAGCAUAGAACUGGACACAGAAAGGGAAAAUAUGAAGUGUCUGCUGGGAUUUGCUAUUGUCUCUACAGUCAUCACGGCAGUUCUACUCAUCUUGAUUUAUGUCCUCAGAAAGAGGAUCAAAUUGACAGUUGAACUUCUCCAAGUCACAAAUAAAGCCAUCAGCAGCUCUCCCUUCCUGCUGUUCCAGCCACUGUGGACAUUUACCAUCCUCAUUUUCUUCUGGGUCCUCUGGGUAGCUGUGCUCCUGAGCCUGGGGACUGCAGGAGCUGCACAGGUUAUUGAAGGUGGCCAAGUGGAAUAUAAGCCUCUUUCGGGCAUUCGGUAUAUGUGGUGGUACCAUUUAAUUGGCCUCAUCUGGACUAGUGAAUUCAUCCUUGCAUGCCAACAAAUGACCGUAGCUGGGACAGUGGUGACGUGUUAUUUUAACAGAAAUAAAAGUGACCCUCCUGAUCACCCGAUCCUUUCAUCUCUCUCCAUUCUUUUCUGCUACCAUCAGGGAACAGUUGUCAAAGGGUCAUUUUUAAUCACUGCAGUGAGGAUUCCAAGAGCCGUUCUCAUGUACGUGUGUAACACUCUGAAAGAGAAGCAGGACGGUGCCUUGUCAAGGUGCGUGUCCCAGUGCUGCUGCUGCUGUUUCUGGUGUCUUGACAAGUGCCUGCGCCAUCUCAACCAGAAUGCAUACACUACAACUGCCAUUAAUGGGACAGAUUUUUGUACAUCAGCAAAAGAUGCACUCAAACUUUUAUCCAAGAAUUCAAGUCAUUUUACAUCUGUUAACUGCUUUGGAGACUUCAUAAUUUUUCUAGGCAAGGUGUUAGUGGUGUGUUUCACAGUUUUUGGAGGACUGAUGGCAUUUAACUACCACCGUGUGCUUCAGGUGUGGGCAAUCCCACUGCUCUUGGUUGCUUUUUUUGCCUACUUAGUAGCACACAGUUUUUUAUCUGUGUUUGAAACUGUGCUGGAUGCACUUUUCCUGUGUUUUGCUGUUGAUCUGGAAACAAAUGAUGGAUCCUCAGAAAAGCCCUACUUUAUGGACCAAGAGUUUUUGAAUUUUGUAAAAAGGAUCAACAAAUUAAACACAAGGGCACAGAGAGACAAGAGCUCAUUAACAAUCGAAGAGGGGACAGAACUCCAGCCAUUGUGAGAUAAGUGCCCAUCAGAGGGCAGAAAACUGCACGCCGGCUCAGGUCUCCUAUAACAGAUGCAAAUUACGACUUUUCUCUUAAACAGCACCAUUGAAUUAGUUGAACUCGUCUCCUUUUAAGAAAAGGAUUUACAGAGCAGUUUCUCUGAAGUGUUAAACUAAGUCAUUGUUGUGUGAUGAGCAAGUCAACUGUGCUUCUUUUGCGGGUACAAACACCCCUAUGUCCUUAUUAUCUGCCUCAGCGAAAAACAAGCAGGCAUGUUUCACCCCCAAGGCCUGAGAGAGCCGGUGCUAUCAGAGGAUACCACUUGUCUGAGAAAACUUCCAAAAGUAUGUUAACCACUUGUCUCUUCAUGAUUGGAUUUUUUUAUCAUUACAACUCUGAGAUGUUCGACCUCCUCCAUGUCAUAACUGAAGGUUAGGUUUUUGCUAACACUUAGUAUAAAUUCUCAUCUGUUGUCAAAUAGCAUGUUCUAUUCCUGAUCCAGACGUUUCUUAGUAUCUAUUCACCCUAGAAUAUGACAUAAAAUCACCCCACCCCAUCCCCAGUGUUUCCCAAGAUGAUUUUAAGAUUAUUCCAAAUUGGUUUUAGAAUGAGGUAGAGGCAGCUGAAGGACAAUGGAAUAAGCAAAGGGUCAAAUGAUAGUUUGAAUCCUGGCUGGCAUUUCCGGUGAGCAAUGGGCAGGUCCCUUCAUUUUUCUAAGCUUCAUCUAGAGCAUUCAGUCCCAGUGUAAU